UUAAGUGUGUUGUCUCUGCCCCACACUGAGCAUGUUGCCCCGGUGGCAGUAGAGAAGUUGUAAUCAUUUACACAUCAUAAUAAAAUAGCAGAUCUACAAACAGCCACCACAUGGCCUGCGCACCAUUUAUUCUGGACGGGGGAAUAUCAACAGAAUUAGAGGAAAGAGGUUUUCAGAUUCAGGGAGAUCCUUUAUGGAGUGCAAGAAUUUUGUAUACAAAUCCCAAUGCUGUUAAAGAUGUGCAUUACAGCUUUCUUCAGUGUGGAUCUGACAUUCUCACAACAGCCACAUACCAGGCUAGUAUUGAAGGGUUCACUAAAUAUCUUGGCCUUAAACCAGAGGAGGCAGAAGAAUUACUGAUGUCAGGGGUCCGAGUAGCCAGGGAGUCAAUAACAGACUUCAUGGCCAACGGGUUAACAGCAGACAGAAAAGUGCCUUCUGUGGCAGGUUCAGUGGGGCCUUACGGGGCUUUUUUACACGAUGGUUCAGAGUACACAGGAGUCUAUGCUAGCAGCAUGAGUGUAGAGGAGCUGAAGAAUUGGCAUCGGCCACAGAUUCACAGUUUGGUGGCUGCAGGAGUUGAUUUACUUGCACUGGAGACUAUACCGAGUCUUAAAGAAGCAGAGGCCUUGGUGGAGCUGCUGAGGGAGUUUCCUGAUGCUAAAGCCUGGCUUUCCUUUUCCUGUAAGGAUGCCCAGAGUAUUUCGGAUGGCAACAAGUUUGCCAAGGCUGUUCAGGUAGCCAGUAACUCCUCUCAGCUGGUUGCUGUUGGGGUGAACUGUUCUCCACCUGCUCUAGUGACACCCCUUCUCGAAUCCGCAAAGUCGUACAAGGCACCUGAAAUGAGCUGGGUGGUCUAUCCGAAUAGUGGGGAAGACUGGGAUCCCAGCACAGGAUGGAGAACACAACACAGGAUUCCAUUUACAGAGCUAAGUGUCGAGUGGAAAGAACAAGGGGCUUUAUGGAUCGGAGGCUGUUGCCGUAUCAGUCCUGCUGACAUUGCACAGUUAAAAAGUCGAUUAACCGAAACACAAAAAUCACAGAUUUAAGACUCCCUUCCACACACACAAUGUAACACUGAACAGUGGACCACAAUUUUUACAAGAAAUUGUAAAAGAUUUAUUAAGAAAUAAAAGCAACCACCUAUUUCCACUUCA